GCGGAAGCGAACAGACUCUUCCGAGUCAUUUGUAUGCUUCAAGUCGUAACACGCAUGCCAUGCCGUACCAUGCGCGACCCACCUUGUAUAUAGCGUUAUAAACUUGAACAAACGCCCGGGUAAGCACUAGCUUCCUGCUACCUCCAUUCUCCCUGAGCAGCGGUUGCCAUGCGCCUCUUUUCAUAUUUUUGGCUUUUAAAUUCCAUCUGGUCGUGUCUGGCUGCAGCUACCUCAAGGACGAUCUCCAAGAGAGGUAACAGCUCAUUCGUUAGCUCUAGUAAAGAUGGGUUUUCUGUCAACGGAAGCUUACUUAGAUUCGUCGGGACCAACUUGUACUGGCUGCCGACGUUGGAAUCGAACGACGACAUCUGGAAUGUGCUGAAGAACAUAUCUGAUACCGGUAUCAAGGUCGUCAGGAUUUGGGCAUUUAAUGACGUGGAAAUCAUUCCGGAUACUGGAACGUGGUUUCAGUUGGUACAGAACGGCACUACUACAAUUAACGACGGACCAAAUGGACUGCAAAAACUCGAUACAGUGAUGCAAAUGGCAGAACAACAAGGGCUAUAUGUUAUCCUGUCACUAACGAAUAACUGGAAUCCAGUACCUAACACAACAUUAACCGGCACUGCAUCACCUGAUGUGCUUGCAUCUGUCACUAUUCCGCGUAACACUCUUUCAAACGACUAUGGCGGUAUGGAUCUAUAUGUCCGCCAAUUCGGACUUCAGGACCACGACGAAUUCUACACGAACAACAAUAUCUUGACCGCCUUCCAGAAUUUCACCAAGCAGAUCGUAUUACGCUACAUCAACAGCCCUGCUGUGUUCAGUUGGGAGCUUGCGAAUGACGCUAGAUGCAACUCGACCAUUCCCACUAGUCCAACAUGUACCACACAAACCAUCACAAAGUGGCACGCUUUGAUGGCUGCGUUCAUCGCGUCCCUCGAUCCCAACCACGUCGUCUCCGCUGGAACAUCUGGAUUCCAAUGCACAGAUUGUCCGAAGUUGUACCCAAUCACACCAACAGCUUCGCCUACGCCCUCUCCCGCGCCUGGCAGGAAGCGCAGAAGCGUCGCCCCUUUGACAAAAGAGCAGAUCAUAAGGCAGCGUGCUGAGUCGAGACGCCAAAACAGGGCAGCCGCUAAGCGUGCAGGAACCUUGAAGGAAGAUGGGAUAAUGAUAAGGGGUCGCUGGGUAUCUACAGCAACACGAGAAGUUUCCAGCUCGAUCGGCCCCACAACGGAUGGUUCAUCUGGUGUCGACAGCCAGGACAUCCUUAACAUCCCCGACAUAGGCUUCGGUGCCUUCCAAGUAUAUCCCGACCAGAACACGUACGCUCCGAAUGACCCAAACCUUGACCCCGUCCAAAACAAGAUCAGCUCGAGUCUUGCGUGGAUUCAGCAAUCAGCUCAGUCUGGCGCCGCCGUUGGGAAGCCUGUUGUGCUCAACGCAUUCGGUCUAGUCACCCAGUCCAAUUUGAAUGCCUACGUCCCGUUCAACAUGACUUAUGCUCCUUACGCAUCCAGUACAGCGGUCAUGGGUGUCACCGCAGCAGUCAUGGACGCCACUACGACAUCAGAUUUUGCCAAUGACGCACAACAAGAACAGGGUUACAGCUCGUUUUUGCAGAUGGGCAACAGCGCUGGAUUGGCAGGCAUCAUGCAAUACCAGUGGGGCUCGACCGGCGUCUCCCAGUCAAGCACUGCUAUCCAGUUAGACACAACUAACUCCGAGUCCCCAACACCAGCGCAAACAACGGGUGAAUCGCCUAACGAUGGUUACUCUAUUGCUAACAACACAGCAAUUCAACAAAUUUUGCAGCAGGGCGCGCAGGCGAUGGCUGCAGAUUCAUGAGGACUAUUAUUCUUGUGUACUACAUAGACUUCUGUUUUUCCGUGUGUAUCGGUUGCUUUUCUCCAAAGGCACUGCCUGUUUUUUAUAUCGUGAUUCUUGAGGGUCGUACAACUAGUUGUUUCCCGCAUUUGAUACGUGCGUCCUUAGGGUCGAGGCGGAUUCCAUACCUUCUUGAGUUCGGACGAGUUUAGAUGCUGUGUUGGUAGCACAUACUAUGUACGUCGAUUAAGGGAAAGUAAUAAGUUAAGUGUUGUAAUAUAACAGGUGAAUCACCAAAUGA